AUGACCCAGUUUAUAGCACUUCAAAUCCAGCGGGGAGAAUUGGCUAGCAGUUGUGGUAAAUAUAGUGAUAAUCCAAUAUUGCUAAUUCAUCCCCAUUGCGAUUGUUCUUAUUAUUUUAACGAUUUCGUUACUAGUCCUUAUGUGGUAAAAAAAUAUUCGACUGGUUAUCUUAAACCUUUUGAUGUUGUCGAAACAGACAUGAAACUAUUCGAACAUGUUGGAGUAUAUUUAGGUAAAAUUGAUGGAGAGUUUAAAGUUUGUCACUUUACUAGGAAAAAAAACAAUACUACAAUUGACAAUUGGAAUGAUUUUUUUCAGGGAAGAGUAAUUGGUUGUCAUCCAAUUGUCCCUUUUAACCCAA